AUGGGCCCCUCCCCCAUAACGUCAGCCUCCUCCCCGCGGUCCGAGGAACGAACCGCCACCACCCGCUCCAAGGCCCAGCUCCCAGAAUGCAUCACGAGACUCUCAGACACCCAGUGUCGGAAGUGGUACCACCAGAGACAAGCCACGCCUUUCUCCGGCUCUACCCCCACCCCAGCCCUUAACCCUACGCUCGCGGGACACACCCCUGCUCCCGCCUCCGCCAAUAGCAGCCAACCAGGGGGAGAGAGAUCCAGCCUGGUGUCCCCUGAUUCAUUCUUCCUACCCUAUCUGGCGGCACGGGAGACGGUGAAGCGCUGUGAUUCGCUGGUGAGGGAUCUGUUCCAGAGAGGGGUAUUCUAG